UGGGUUGACUCUUUAUCUCAAGAAGAAAAAGGGUGACAAAUCAAAUUCAAAGAGACAAAGGUGAUGGCGAACAAGCUGAUCAGCGAAAUCCCACUUCCCAAAUCCAUAGCCAACGUGUUUGCCGCUCGUAAUAUUUCUACUGCCAAGGAAGCGUUAUCUUUAACGGAAUUUGAGUUAAUGGAGUUGUUAGAUGUGGGAUUAACGGAAGUGAAGUCUGCAUUGUCUCAGAUCAGUGAGAUCGUUGCUCCACCGUAUCAAACUGCACUUUCUUUAAUGGAACAAAGGUUUCAAAACGAGCAUUUGAGAGGCCAUUUUCCAACAGGCCUGAAAGGAUUGGAUGCAGCUUUAUGUGGAGGAAUUCCAUUUGGGGUUUUAACUGAGUUAGUUGGUCCAGCUGGAAUUGGCAAAACCCAGUUAUGCCUAAAGCUUUCGCUAUUGGCUUCAUUACCUACAAAUUAUGGAGGCUUGGAUGGUCGAGUGAUAUAUAUUGACGUUGAAUCUAAAUUCAGUUCACGAAGGUUGUUAGAAAUUGGGUUGAGAAGCUUACCCGAAAUAUUUCAGAUGAAAGAAAUGGCACAAGAGAUGGCCGGCAGGAUUCUUGUUCUGCGGCCAACAUCACUUUCAGAAUUUACCCAGAGUUUGGAACAAAUCAAAGGUUCAAUCCUCCAAAACCAAGUGAAGAUGCUAGUGAUUGAUAGCAUGGCUGCACUUGUUUCAGGGGAACAUGAGCAGGGAAUUCGUAGACAACAAACAUUGAGUUGGCAUAUUUCAUUCAUUAAGUCACUAGCUGAAUUUUCACGAAUUCCUGUUGUAGUGACAAACCAAGUGAGAUCUCAUAACAACGAUGAUGCCUCUCGAUAUUCUUUCCAAGUUCAGAGUAGGGAUGGAACUAUAGAGAUUCCCAUGCGAUACGAUUCCCAUCUUAUUGCUGCUUUGGGGAUUCAUUGGGCUCAUGCUGUUACCACUCGUUUAGUGCUGGAAGCUAAAUCAGGUUGCAACGGUAAGAGGUUUAUAAAGGUGGCAAAAUCUCCGAUAUCUCCACCCCUGGCUUUUCCUUUCCACAUUACUUCAUCAGGGAUUUCAUUGCUAAGUGAUGAUGGAAUGGAACUGAUGGGACCUGAGAUAAACGCAAUACACUGUCAAGGGCACAAUGAAAUAAUCAGUUUUGGAAUGCAAGGCUUACAAUGACAAACAGUAGGUGGAAGCUUCAUGAAUCAGUUUGCAGGCUGGCUUCAAGAACUGCUCUAUGCCAUGAAAUUUAAGGAGUCGUUAGGAAAAUAAUUCAACAGAAUUCAUUGUUAAUCUGCCUAACAAAUGUUUCUUUGCAAGUCAGUGAAUUUUUAUCGAAUUCUAAAUUUCCAUUGCUUAAAAAAUCUGGGAAAUUUCUUGAAUAUUUGUAAAU